AUUUGCUCCGGGAAACAGAUCGCUCUCCUCCCACUGAGGACCCCCUGUGCCGACCCGUGCCGACCCGUGCCCUUUUCCUGCGCGCGCGUGCCUCCUGCAUGCGCGUGACCGGGCUCAAUGGAAUAUUAGGCAGGCCCGUGGGAGCCAGCCAACAGCACCUCGGAGGAGGACCAGAAGGAAGCCGAAAGGGCACCCAGGCUUCAGCUAGCAACCACCGCCGCAGCGCACGCAGAGAUGGUGGCUACGUCCCUGGCACGGUUUGUGCUGCUGUCCCCGCUCGUGUGCCUCCUCCACGGCUUAUACGUUGACGGUACAAAGACGGAGUGUGAGCCCAACCAGUUCCAGUGUGGGAACGGACGCUGCAUCCCCUCUGUGUGGCAGUGUGACGGGGACGAGGACUGUACCGACGGCAGCGACGAGGGAGCCUGCGUCCAUAAGACCUGUGCAGGCUCAGAUUUUGUGUGUCAGAGUGGAGGCUGUGUGCCCUUGCGCUGGCAGUGCGACGGAGAACCGGACUGUGAGGAUGGAUCAGACGAGGCCAUGGACAUCUGCCACAUGAGGACGUGUCGGCUCAAUGAGUUCAGCUGCUCAGUGGGCUCCACUCAGUGCAUCCCUCUGUACUGGAAAUGUGACCAGGAGAAGGACUGUGACAAUGGGGAGGACGAGCUCAACUGUGGAAAUGUGACGUGCGCUCUGAAUGAGUUCACAUGUGUGAGCGGUCGCUGUGUGUCUCAGAACUUUGUGUGUAAUGGAGAGGACGAUUGUGGAGACGGCUCUGAUGAGGUGGAGUGUGCCCCUGCCUCCUGUGGACCCUCUGAAUUCCAAUGUGGAAACUCCUCAUGCAUCCCCUCCAACUGGGUCUGCGAUGACGACGUGGACUGUCAGGACCAGUCGGACGAGUCCCCCUCUCUCUGUGGCCGGCACCCCACCCCACCCUCACGCUGCUCGGCCAGUGAGAUGCAGUGUGGCUCUGGGGAGUGCAUCCACCGCAAGUGGAGGUGUGACGGAGACCCAGACUGUAAGGAUGGCAGCGAUGAAGCCAACUGCCCUGUGCGCUCGUGCACUCCAGAGCAGUUUAAGUGUGAUGAUGGGAGCUGUGUGGGAGGCGGCCGCCAGUGUAACGGCCUCAGGGACUGUCCUGAUGGCUCAGAUGAACUCAACUGCCGCAACGCCUCUCAGUGUGCGGGCCCAGACAGGUUCCGGUGCCGCAGCGGGGAGUGCAUCGACAUGAGCAAGGUGUGCAACAAGGUGCGGGACUGUCCCGACUGGAGUGACGAGCCCAUCAAGGAGUGCAAUCUGAAUGAGUGUCUGCUGAACAAUGGCGGCUGCUCUCACCUGUGCAGAGACCUCGUCAUUGGCUUCCAGUGUGACUGUACUCCAGGCCUACAGCUCAUCGACCACAAGACCUGCGGAGAUAUCAACGAGUGUCUGAAUCCAGGCAUCUGCAGUCAGAUCUGCAUCAACCUGAAGGGAGGCUAUAAGUGUGAGUGCCACAAUGGAUACCAGAUGGAUCCCACCACCGGAGUGUGCAAGGCUGUGGGGAAGGAGCCCAGUCUAAUCUUCACAAACCGCAGGGACAUCCGACGCCUGGGGCUGGAGCGGCGCGAGUACACUCAGAUCGUGGAGCAGCAGAGGAACACCGUGGCUCUAGAUGCUGCCUUCAGCCACAACACCAUCUUCUGGGCCGACCUGGGCCACAAAGCCAUCUACAGCACGGUUCUGGACAGACGUGGAGAUCCCAGUGCUCACGUCAAAGUGCUGGAGAAUGUGCAGACUCCUGUGGGCGUGGCCGUGGACUGGAUCUACAAACACCUGUACUGGUCUGACCUGGCCACCAAGACCAUCUCUGUGUCCACUUUCAAUGGCACCAAGCACAAGGUCCUGUUGGACAGAGGCCUGAAGGAGCCUGCCUCCAUCGCUGUGGACCCCCUCUCUGGGUUUCUGUACUGGUCAGACUGGGGAGAACCGGCCAAGAUUGAGAAGUCUGGAAUGAACGGGAUGGACAAACAAGUCCUGGUGGCAACAGACAUCCAGUGGCCCAAUGGGAUCACCCUGGACCUUAUUAAAGGGCGCCUGUACUGGGUGGACUCGAAGCUGCACAUGCUCAGUAGUGUGGACCUGAACGGGGACAACAGGAAGAAAGUGCUGCAGUCGGCAGAGUUCCUGGGGCACCCCUUUGCCCUCACCGUGUUUGAGGAUCGGGUUUUCUGGACGGAUGGAGAAAACAAAGCCAUAUAUGGAGCUAAUAAGUUCAGUGGGUCUGAGGUGGUGACACUAGCCAGUAACCUCAACGACCCUCAGGACAUCAUCGUGUACCACGAACUCAUCCAGCUCUCUGGGACAAACUGGUGUCUGGAGAAGGGGGAGAAUGGAGGCUGCAGCUACAUGUGCCUCCCUGCUCCUCAGAUCAACAAACACUCGCCCAAGUACACGUGUGUGUGUCCGGAGGGCCAGGAGCUGCAGGAGGACGGGUUACGCUGCCGCACAGAAGUAAAUGUGAGCACUCCCAUCCUGGUGGGCUCCUCACCGCGAGGUUCAGCUGCUGCCUGGGCCAUACUCCCUGUCUUGGUCCUCGCCAUGGCGGGGCUCGGGGCCUACCUCAUGUGGAGGAACUGGACCUUAAAGAACCAGAAGAGCAUGAACUUUGAUAACCCAGUGUAUCUGAAGACCACCGAGGAAGACCUGAACAUCGACAUCAGCAGGCACAGCGCCAACGUGGGCCACACCUACCCAGCUAUUUCCAUAGUGAGCACAGACGAUGACUUGUCCUGAUUGUGGGCGCUGCGGUCACUUUUGUACCAACAUGUAUGAACAGCGCCCCCUGCAGACAGCCUGUCCCAUCACACCACAGGCCUUUGACAGUGCACCAGGGCUUUGCACCUAUCAAGGCAGAGGAUGGACGUUUAUUUAUAAUAACAGUGUGCCAAUCAAUUAUGUCAAAGUAUAAAUAAUUUUCUUACUUAUUUAUGUUCUGUAAGUAUUAUUUCUGCCCUAAAAUAUUUGUUUGUUUUCUGUAUCGCUGUUUGACAGAUGAAGUCUCUGCUGGCCAGAUUCAGAUUGAGACAAAACCAGUCUAACCACUGUUAGGAAUUGUACAUUGCACUUAUUUAUAUCAUGCGUUACAUUUGCUUUGGCUGUUUCUGCUAUAGUUCUAAAUCAUGUGUUGUCAUGACAGUGUUUGACUUGUGUACACACCCCGGCUGCAUCCUCGGACAGGACGCUGGAUCAGGACUCUCAUGCACUUUGAGCAGUUUCUUCUCAUGUAAAGAUUGUACAGAUGUUUUCUUUAGGCCGGCAUUUUCAGGUCCACUUUGUGAAGCACUCUUUUGUAUGUGUGUGUGUGUGUGCCGUGGCUAUGGGUUUUCUAACCUUGUACAGUAUGUGCGAUUGGAGAGCUGUGCCACUUGAAAAUAAAGGCCUACGGUUGUUCAGAUUUG